AUGGUACUAGGCGAUCGAGCUGCCAUUAUUCCGAGGGUACAAUGGCGGUUGAGACGACGUUUUUAUUUUCAGUUAGUACAAUUCGACGGCAGAGUAGAGUUUAAAGUCGAAAAGUACCAACAGACGUCCAGAAGUAGAGACCGUUUCGGUCUCAUUUGUUGUGCUGAUUGUCGUGAAUUCAUGAGCCGAGGAAGAAGAGGAAACGCGAAGAUGGGUUUCGAUCGUUGUCAGCAGAUCGAGUCGACAACACAUCGACAGGCUUCAACCUCACGGAUUUAUCGUUUCGACAUCGAAGACGGUAAGGACGACAAAUCGUAA